AUGAAUCAAAUUGAUGAAAAUGAAAAUUACCAUGGCUCCCGCUCAACUAACCAGCACAUUAUCCAUCAUGAGGACCGCGAUUACCCUGCUACAACUGACCAGCACGUGGUUUACCCAACUCAAACUCAAAACACUGAUGCUAUUAAUUUAUCAGUUGAAAAUUGUGCACAAACUUACACAAAUCUUGGUCGUUAUUCUUGGUAA